AAACCAACAAAAAGCGGAAACAAAAGAAAUCGCUAAUUUCCAGAAACAAAUUUUGGUGAGCUGGGCAGAGAUACAGGCAUACAACUGACAGCUUUCACUGUUAACACCAUACACCUAACUCAGGAGGGUUGACAUGGCUUUGAAAAGAAUACAGAAGGAGCUACAUGACUUGCAAAGGGACCCUCCUGCUCAAUGCUCAGCUGGACCAGUUGGCGAGGACUUGUUUCAUUGGCAAGCCACAAUCAUGGGACCUACUGACAGCCCAUAUCAGGGAGGAGUGUUCUUCCUCACCAUCCACUUCCCAACAGACUAUCCCUUCAAACCACCAAAGGUAGCCUUCACAACGAAAAUCUAUCACCCAAACAUAAACAGUAAUGGUAGCAUCUGUCUGGACAUCCUGAGGUCACAGUGGUCCCCAGCACUUACAGUUUCAAAAGUUUUAUUGUCCAUAUGCUCUUUGCUAUGUGACCCAAACCCAGAUGACCCCCUAGUCCCAGACAUAGCACACAUCUACAAGCAGGACAAAGAAAAGUACAACAGAUUAGCAAGAGAUUGGACUCAAAAGUAUGCAAUGUAAAGGACUGAAGUUUGAGACAACGGAAGAGGUUUAAGCAAAUUAACUUCAUGGACACUUCUGAAAACAGUACUGUUGCCACCCCUCAUCCACACUGGUUCAAGAAGAAGUGUUGUAUAUGGGAAGCACUUUCUAUCCCCAAAUUAACUGCUUUUAUGCUAUGAAGUCAUUAUUUUCCUUUUGUUUGACUUUCCCAAUGUUAUAUAACUUAUUAUUGAGUUAUUUCUGAGAUGACCCAUACAAAAAACAGACCAAUUAUGACUCCACCCCCUCCAUCUUAUAGUUUUUUUUUUCUCCUUUUAGAGAUUUUUAUUGUGUAGUAUAAAGCUAUACUGAAUCUAUUUUUAUUAUUUUGCAUUAAAAAGUAUAAAAAAAAUUAAAAAAAAGAUCCUGUCUUUAUUGUUAUUCUAGCGAGACCUAUUUAUUUUAGAUCUGCACAAGUGCCUGGAGGUUUGGGCUAGGAUUUCUUUUGAUUAGGGCAGUAGAAUUUAGAAAUUCUUCCCAUGUAAUUUUGUCUUUCACCACUAGAUGUCAGCAUUUUUCACCUACUACACAGGAGCACGGCUCAGUUGAAUGCAAAUUCGCGAAUUAUGACAGUGCGUUCUGACUUUUCAGAUGGGAUGUCUAGAUGGAAUAGGGCUUUUGUCAAAUUGACGUCAAAAGCAGAUUUUUUGGGGGGGGUUGGUAUUUUGGCGAAAUGUAAUCCUUUUCCUUACCAAAGUAAUUCUCCACACCUGCUACGUGAAGUAACUUUCUACAUUAAUUAUCCUACUAAAAUUCCAUUUUGACCAAAGCUGUAUCCAUCUAGACAACCACUCUAGUCCUACGUAAGGAUGAAAGUUGACCCUAUGAACUUCAACAUCUGAAUUAAAGCCUAAUGAUAAGAGAUGCAUAAUAUUUGUUCAGUCUCCUUGUAUGUAUGCUGUGGAAUAGCGCUGUAGGCCUACAUAUAAAUGAGAUGAAGCAUAUUGAAUAAAUGUUUCAAUUUCACAGAGGCAACUCAACUGUCUAAACUGAAAUUCUCCAUUUUAUCUCAGAAGUGGUUCUUGUGGGGUGGUGUUGGGCCAUUGUGUAGUUUUGUUGUUACUGUAUUGUUUCUUCAGGAUGUGAAUUGCUUCCUCAAUGUUUCUUAGAACUCAAAUGCUUCCUCUGGCCAUUCUCUUACAGUACGGUUAAUUUACUGUAUGUCAUCGGUGCCAUAGUGACAUGGAAUUGAGUCAUAAAUAAAAUACACAUAGUAAUGAACUUAAGUAAAUGUAUUAAACCUAGUCAAAUUAAUAAAAUAAACCUACCUACAGUGCA